AUGUGCACGGAGGUAAUCCUUCAGGAUCCGCGAGGACAACGCAUUGCUGGCGGUUUAGUUACGUUUACUCAACCAUCUUUAUCAGUGGUGAACAAUAACACGCAAGAGGUUUUGUCACGACAAGUCACACCUGAAGCAGGAGCUUUCGAUUUUACUUGUGACAACAUUCUGUCGCAGCAAGGUCGCGAAUCCCGGACAAUGAGUUAUUAUUCUAUAAAGGAUGUUAUCCCAGAAACAAUUCCUGAAGAGACCUCACUAGAAGCGGUAAAAUCUGAGAUUCGACCACCAUCAUACGAUCAAGUUCAAAUGAUUUCAGAAAAGGGUUCAUUCACAUUUAUGCCUCUUUUGAUUAUGAGACACGAUAUUUCGAGGGCGGAAUUUCUGGAGCUUUUUGACCUCCGUAUUAACACACUUGAUGAGUAUGUUUGA